CCUCUCAACCCCUCUUCUCUUUGUACAUAGGUUUUAAUUACCAGCUCUGCUCAUCAUCAACACUCAUAGAAGGUGUCCACAAGCCAGUGUUGUUUUCUUUUCCCUCGCAGCGGCCAAAUUCGACAUGCUCUCUUAUUCUGAUCACGCCUCGCGCAUCGCCGACUCUUUCCGAUCGCCUUCGACGCGCUGCUGCCGCCGCCGCCGCCGGUCUCUUCCGCAGUCUCCCUCCCCUCCAUUCAGAUGGGCCUCUCCUCCAACCAUGUUUCCGGCAAUACUGUCAUGGCCUCCCAACAACAACAACAACAAAAGUGUGAAUCGGAAGUGCCGCUGAGGUGCCCGCGGUGCGAGUCGGCGAACACCAAGUUCUGCUACUACAACAACUACAGCAAGUCGCAGCCGCGGCACUACUGCCGCGCCUGCCGCCGCCACUGGACGGCCGGCGGCGUCCUCCGUGACGUGCCCGUCGGCGGCCUUCGCAAGAGCAAGCGCCGCAGGACGUCAAAAUCGUCGCCAACUGCCGACACCACUGAAGACACAAGUGCUGCAAGUGCAGAUCUCGACACGACCGUCCAUGCACCUCUCCACCACCCUACACAAUUCCCGCCCUUGGACUGCGACGUUGCAUGGUUUUCGUGCCCUCCGCCUUCGGCGACGGUGAACGUCGUCGAGAGUUCGGCCUACGACGACAUGACGAAUCCUUUCUCCUCCGUGUCGUCUUCGUCGACCUCCGGCUUGUCGCCGUGCAAUUUGAUCGGCGGCCUCGAUGAGGAGAGCCUCGCCGAAUUCGACUACUGGGACGAGAUGACCGAUCUAGUCACUCUUGAGCACAAUUCGAGCCCAAUUCCCGGCCGGAUCGUGGAGGGUUCAUGGAUUGAGUAAUGUUGCAUCUGCUUACCAACAACUUCUAUAUUAGUUUCUACAUUAUUAUGUAGUUUAGUCGUUAAUUUUCUAAGUCCUUCCCUCUUAAUUACUAGAAUGAUAUAAAAAUUAUCCAUAAGUGUGUGUGCGUGUGUUUUUUUUUUUGUUGAAGUUAAAGAUAUGUAAGCGUAGUUUCUUGCGGAGGCCACCAUUUUUCUUAUGGCCUCUUGAUAGGGUUUUAAGGCUCAUUACUCUAAAAAUUAUUUUACUUCUUUUUUUUUUUUUUUAACUCUAUGUUGGAUUUUCAGUCUCAAUGUUACUUGAUGGUAAAUAUAUGUAUUUGAGAUUUGAGAUGAAA